GUGUAUAAAUAUGAGCUUGUAAUGGUACCUGAACACACACCUUCGGUACCGCACAUUUCCUUCUGAUACUCAGCAAGCUACAUAACACAGACGCAAGCAUGUCUAAUGCAGUUGUUGCUCUUCUGGUCUUCUCUGCACUUCUAUGGAACAAUGCACAAGCAUUCUCCAAUACUGCUGCUGAUUGCUGCUUGACCACCAGUGACACUUUAGUUCCACGCCGCAUUGUUGAUUCCUACAUCAUUCAAACCCUAGACAGCGGAUGCCCCGUUCCAGCUACCGUGUUCAUCACAAAGAAGAACAGGAAGCUGUGCUCUCCACCUGUUAAUGACCUGAGAUAUCAAUGGGUGUUGAAGCUUGUUGAAUAUCUGGACAAUCGUAGCGCCAAGAGCAACGGCGCUCACUGAUAAACAGAGCAAAUAAGUCCAGGCCUGUCCGAUCAUCACGCCUGGAUUUUCUAUGACAGCUCCUGUGAUGUUAAUAAGCUACUUCUCCUUUGUACCUUUAUGUGUCAAAGUGCACUAACUCUCUUUUGUUAUGUUUCUCAUACAAAAAAGAACAAACAUAAAAAUGUGAAUCUGUGUGCAUGUGUGUCAACACAGUGUACAUUAUUUUUUUGUACACAUUUAAGCUACUGAUGAAUUGUCAUUUUUUUCCCCUUACAAAAUGUGCAUGGCUUUUUUUAGGGUGGGUGAAUUCAAAUAAAACUCAUUUUUUAAAUAA